AACACAUGAAUUUGGAGGGGACAAAAACAUUUCAACCAUAGCACCAUUUGUCUCCUUUGCUGCUAUAGAGGGGAGAGUCCCAAUUUCUCAUUAGUUUAUGCAGCUUGCUGCUUACUAAUGACUUAUCAAUGACGGUUCAACCUUGUAGUUGUAUUUGAUGAAGGAAAUAUGCACAUUUCUUUAUAACACUUAGUUUUUUGCUUUGUUUUUCUACUUUACUAACAUGCAGGCAAAGGGGGAGUGUUUAUUUUUAAAGAAGCUUUGAGCAUUAGACAUGUUUUAAAUAUAUUUCUUUAAUAUCGAUUGGCUUCUAAGAAGUGUUUCUCAUCGAAAUGGAAACAAUAAGGCUAUUAGAUAUUUAAGAUAAAAUGUACCAGCUGGAGGAUGAGUCUGCGCAUUUGGAUGAAAUGCCACUAAUGAUGUCUGAAGAAGGCUUUGAGAAUGAGGAAAGUGAUUACCAUACCUUACCACGGGCCAGGAUAAUGCAAAGGAAAAGAGGACUGGAGUGGUUUGUCUGUGAUGGCUGGAAGUUCCUCUGUACCAGUUGCUGUGAUUGGCUGGUAAAUAUUUGUCAAAGAAAGAAAGAACUGAAAGCUCGCACAGUAUGGCUUGGAUGUCCUGAAAAGUGUGAAGAAAAACAUCCCAGGAAUUCUAUAAAAAAUCAAAAAUACAAUGUGUUUACCUUUAUACCUGGGGUUUUGUAUGAACAAUUCAAGUUUUUCUUGAAUCUCUAUUUUCUGGUAAUAUCCUGCUCACAGUUUGUGCCAGCAUUGAAAAUAGGCUAUCUCUACACCUACUGGGCUCCUCUGGGAUUUGUCUUGGCUGUGACUAUGACACGGGAAGCAAUCGAUGAAUUUCGGCGUUUUCAGCGUGACAAGGAGGUGAAUUCACAGCUAUAUAGCAAGCUUACAGUAAGAGGUAAAGUGCAAGUUAAGAGUUCAGACAUACAAGUUGGAGACCUCAUCAUAGUGGAAAAGAAUCAAAGAAUUCCAUCGGACAUGGUGUUUCUUAGGACUUCCGAAAAAGCAGGUUCGUGUUUUAUUCGAACUGAUCAACUAGAUGGUGAAACUGACUGGAAGCUGAAGGUGGCAGUGAGCUGCACGCAACGGCUGCCGGCUCUGGGGGACCUUUUUUCUAUCAAUGCUUAUGUUUAUGCUCAGAAACCACAAAUGGACAUUCACAGUUUUGAAGGCACAUUUACCAGGGAAGACAGUGACCCGCCCGUUCAUGAAAGUCUCAGCAUAGAAAAUACAUUGUGGGCAAGCACCGUUGUUGCAUCGGGUACUGUAAUAGGUGUUGUCAUUUAUACUGGAAAAGAGACUCGAAGUGUAAUGAACACAUCCAAUCCAAAAAAUAAGGUUGGUUUGUUGGACCUUGAACUCAAUCGGCUGACGAAAGCACUAUUUUUGGCUUUAGUUGCUCUUUCUGUUGUCAUGGUAACCUUACAAGGAUUUGUGGGUCCAUGGUACCGCAAUCUUUUUCGGUUCCUUCUCCUCUUUUCUUACAUCAUUCCCAUAAGUUUGCGUGUGAACUUGGACAUGGGCAAAGCGGUGUAUGGAUGGAUGAUGAUGAAAGAUGAGAACAUCCCUGGCACAGUCGUUCGGACCAGCACGAUCCCAGAGGAACUUGGGCGCCUGGUGUAUUUACUGACAGACAAAACAGGAACCCUCACCCAGAAUGAAAUGGUAUUUAAGCGGCUCCACCUGGGCACCGUGUCCUAUGGAGCCGACACAAUGGAUGAGAUCCAGAGCCAUGUCAGGGACUCCUACUCACAGAUGCAGUCUCAAGCUGGUGGAAACAAUACUGGUUCAACUCCACCAAGAAAAGCCCAAUCUUCAGCUCCCAAAGUUAGGAAAAGUGUCAGCAGUCGCAUCCAUGAAGCCGUGAAAGCCAUCGUGCUGUGUCACAACGUGACCCCUGUGUAUGAGUCUCGGGCCGGCGUUACUGGGGAGACUGAGUUCGCAGAGGCUGACCAAGACUUCAGUGAUGAGAACCGCACCUACCAGGCUUCCAGCCCCGAUGAGGUCGCUCUGGUGCAGUGGACAGAGAGUGUGGGCCUCACGCUGGUCAGCAGGGACCUCACCUCCAUGCAGCUGAAGACCCCCAGCGGCCAGGUCCUCAGCUUCUGCAUCCUGCAGCUGUUCCCCUUCACCUCGGAGAGCAAGCGGAUGGGCAUCAUCGUCAGGGAUGAAUCCACGGCAGAAAUCACAUUUUACAUGAAGGGUGCGGAUGUGGCCAUGUCUCCUAUCGUGCAGUAUAACGACUGGCUGGAAGAGGAGUGCGGAAACAUGGCUCGCGAAGGACUGCGGACCCUCGUGGUUGCAAAGAAGGCGUUGACAGAGGAUCAGUACCAGGACUUUGAGAGCCGAUACACUCAGGCCAAGCUGAGCAUGCACGACAGGUCCCUCAAGGUGGCCGCGGUAGUUGAGAGCCUGGAGAGGGAGAUGGAACUGCUGUGCCUCACCGGCGUGGAGGACCAGCUGCAGGCGGACGUGCGGCCCACGCUGGAGAUGCUGCGCAACGCCGGGAUCAAGAUAUGGAUGCUAACAGGCGAUAAACUCGAGACAGCUACUUGCAUUGCCAAAAGUUCACAUCUGGUGUCUAGAACACAAGACAUUCAUAUUUUCAGACAGGUAACCAAUCGGGGAGAGGCACAUUUGGAGCUGAAUGCAUUUCGAAGGAAGCAUGAUUGUGCACUGGUCAUAUCUGGGGAUUCUCUGGAGGUUUGUCUGAAGUACUACGAGCAUGAAUUCGUGGAGCUGGCCUGCCAGUGCCCCGCCGUGGUGUGCUGCCGCUGCUCGCCCACGCAGAAGGCCCACAUCGUGACACUGCUGCAGCAGCACACGGGGAGACGCACCUGCGCCAUCGGUGAUGGAGGAAAUGAUGUCAGCAUGAUUCAGGCAGCAGACUGUGGGAUUGGGAUUGAGGGAAAGGAGGGGAAGCAGGCCUCGCUGGCAGCCGACUUCUCCAUCAGGCAGUUCCGGCACAUUGGCAGGCUGCUCAUGGUGCACGGACGGAACAGCUACAAGAGGUCAGCGGCACUCGGCCAGUUCGUCAUGCACAGGGGCCUUAUCAUCUCCACCAUGCAGGCUGUGUUUUCCUCAGUCUUCUACUUCGCAUCCGUCCCUUUGUAUCAGGGCUUCCUCAUGGUGGGGUAUGCCACCAUAUACACCAUGUUCCCAGUGUUCUCCUUAGUGCUGGACCAGGACGUGAAGCCAGAGAUGGCGAUGCUCUACCCAGAGCUGUACAAGGACCUCACCAAGCAUUUUGUGAAAAACGAUUCUCUGUCCUUCAAGACGUUUUUUAUCUGGUCAGUCUCCUGCUGUUUUUCAGGUGGCAUCCUCAUGUACGGGGCCCUAGUGCUCUUCGAGUCUGAGUUCGUCCAUGUGGUGGCCAUCUCCUUCACCGCACUGAUCCUGACCGAGCUGCUGAUGGUGGCACUGACCGUCCGCACAUGGCACUGGCUGAUGGUGGUGGCCGAGUUUCUCAGCCUGGGCUGCUACGUGUCCUCACUCGCUUUUCUCAAUGAAUAUUUUGAUGUUGCCUUUAUCACCACCGUGGCCUUCCUGUGGAAAGUGUCGGCGAUCACCGUGGUCAGCUGCCUCCCGCUGUAUGUCCUCAAGUACCUGAGGCGCAAGCUGUCUCCGCCAAGCUACUGCAAGCUGGCCUCCUAAGGGGUUGUGCACCCCCAGCGGGCUGGUCCCAGCACCUUCUGCCCUUUCCAGUGAACACCGGGUUUGCCAUUGCUACCAAGCGAGCACCACGAGAAAGGGAGGGUAUGCCAGGCGAGCCCAGGGCACCGAUGCCGGGACGGCCUGUCCCUCUCAGUGCAGGGACGUCAGCCCUGCCAGGCGAGCCCAGGGCACAGAUGCCAGGAUGGCCUCUCCCUCUCAGUGCGAGACUUCACCCCUGCUAGGCGAGCCCAGGGCACAGAUGCCAGGACGGCCUCUCCCUCUCAGUGCGAGACUUCACCCCUGCUAGGCGAGCCCAGGGCACAGAUGCCAGGACGGCCUCUCCCUCUCAGUGCGAGGCUUCACCCCUGCUAGGCCAGCCCAGGGCACAGAUACCAGGACGGCCUCUCCCUCUCAGUGUGGGGCUUCACCCCUGCUUUUCUUUCUUCUUUUGUGUUUGUCAAAAUCCUAUUUCCAUAUUGAAGCAGCUUGAGUUUCUACUGAAAAUGAGCCCGAAUUAUUUUACUGUUACUGUAAAGGGUUUAUCUUACUCUGGCAUUCUAAGAAUUAGAAUGAAAGUUUAAUUUCUGCAAUUCCCUAACAUUCACAUUCUUUCUUUGAUGUUAUAAUACACAGUCAUUCCUACUCAAAUGUAAUAAAAUUGAGGCUCCACGGA